AUCAAUUUGGGCUCAUAUGACAUGGAUUCAGGAUUGUAGCAAGUAUCGUAUCUACAAAUAUUUAAAGGCCGUUUGUUAGAAAUUAGAAUGCGAUCCAUUCGGCUUGAAUCAAAUAUACGGUGGCUGCCCCUUUGUACACAGACCGCUCGACAAAAUGCGCCAACGAAGAGCAUUAAUGGCGAGAAAAUUUUCCGGCCAUCAAGAAUAACCAAAUGCUGGCUCCUAGAAAGCUCAUAUCCUCUACGCACCCAACCCUUCAUUUUGCGCACCCGACCCUCGAGUCCUUCAUUUGGAACAACAUCAUACGAGCCCAUGUUCAGUCCGCGGCUCGAUCUGCGGCCUUAACUCCGGUCUCUGUCUACCGCCGUAUGCGCUCCCAUGGCGUCAUACCUGACUUCCAUACUUUCCCGUUCCUCAUCCAGUGCUUUAAUUCCCCGCCUCAUCUUCUUCCCGGGAAACAAAUCCACGCUCAAACCCUCUUCUUUGGGCUUGAUUGCCACCAGUUUGUCCAGACAUCUCUCAUUAAUAUGUACUCCUGCUGUGGCAGAUUGGACCUUGCCCAUCAAGUGUUUGACGAGAUUGUCCACCCUGAUUUACCGUCCUGGAAUUCCAUCAUUAAUGCCAAUGUUAAGGUGGGAUUGGUUAGACUUGCACGGAAUCUGUUCGAUUUAAUGCCUGAAAGAAACGUGAUAUCUUGGAGCUGUAUGAUUAAUGGGCAUGUGAGGUGUGGCGAGUACAAGGAGGCGCUUGCAUUGUUUCGUGAAAUGCAGAUGUUGGAAGUGGACAGUGUUAGGCCUAAUGAGUUUACCAUGUCAGCUGUCCUUUCAGCUUGUGGGCGGUUAGGUGCACUUGACCAGGGGAAAUGGGCUCAUGCUUAUAUUGACAGAAGUGGCAUGAAAAUUGAUGCGGUUCUGGGGACUGGUUUGAUAGAUAUGUAUGCAAAGUGUGGGAGUAUUGAACGAGCAAGGUGGGUUUUUAACAAUUUGGGUCUUAGCAGAGAUGUGAUGGCUUGGAGUGCAAUGAUUUCAGGAUUCGCUAUGCAUGGUCGUGGACAGGAAAGUCUUCAAUUGUUUUCAAAGAUGAAAAAGAUUGGGAUGAGGCCUAAUCAUGUAACGUUUCUGGGUGUGCUUUGUGCUUGUGCCCACGGAGGUUUCGUGGGUGAAGGGAACGAGUAUUUUAGGAGGAUGACCGAGGAAUAUGGUCUUGCUCCUUUGAUCCAACACUAUGGUUGCAUGGUUGAUCUUUAUGGUAGAGCUGGUCUCAUUGAGGAUGCAUGGAAUAUAGUAAAAUCCAUGCCAAUGGAGCCUGAUGUGCUUGUUUGGGGAGCUCUUCUGAGUGGAUCAAGGAUGCAUGGGGAUAUUGAUUCGUGUGAGGCUGCACUCAAGAAACUUAUUGAAUUGGAUCCGUCAAACAGUGGUGCCUAUGUGCUUCUUUCUAAUGUUUAUGCAAAGAUGGGUAGGUGGAAGGAAGUAAGGGAUGUGAGAGACCUUAUGGAGACAAAGGGGAUAAAGAAAGUUCCUGGUUGUAGUUUAGUUGAGUUGGAAGGAAUCCUUCAUGAGUUUUUUGUUGGGGAUGAGUCUCAUCCUGAAAGCCAGGAAAUAUAUAUGAUGCUUGAUGAAAUUAUGAAUAGGUUGAAGAUAGACGGAUAUGUGGGAAAUACGAGCGAGGUAUUACUUGAUUUGGAGGAUGAAGGAAAGGAAUUGGCCCUAUCCCGUCAUAGCGAAAAAUUGGCUGUUGCCUUUUGCUUUCUAAAGACAAAACCAGGCACUUCAAUAAGAAUAGUUAAGAAUCUUAGGAUUUGCAGGGACUGUCAUGUUGUUAUGAAGAUGAUUUCUAGAGUGUUUAACCGGGAGAUUGUUGUUAGAGAUUGCAAUCGGUUUCACCAUUUCAGAGGGGGACUAUGCUCUUGCAAAGAUUACUGGUAAAUGAUCCAACUCUCAAGUGGAGCCGCAUUCUUUUGGGACCAACCAAAUAGUCUUUAGCACCAUUCGAGCAAGGGAAAGGAAAUGCAGAUUCUCAUUGUUUCCAGGCCGUUGAAACUUGAAUGUUCAUCUCUGGUAUAUCAAGACUUGGUUCGUUCUCAUCAAUCCUUUCCCCGAAAUGUAUAAUUUGGUCGCAUAUUCCUUGGUGAAUGUUGUUUCGUUCGCAAAUUUAUAAAUUUCGAAAAGCAUGUCUUUGGUUAAGAACAAAUUGUGCAUUCGAAACCUGCUCGAUUUGCACCCAUAAGAUUUUGUAAUCUAGGUUUAGAUGAUGAUGUUCUUUUAGUUUUCUUUUUGGAUUUUUUUCCGAGCAACUGCAUAUUUAUUUCAGAGUUUCGAUGCUUAAAUUCAUUUUCGAUUUAAAA